AUGGCUGAUAGUACCAGAGAAAUCUCAUUUCUGCUCAUUCUUCUCUCCAUUUCCGGCAUAUUUUACGGCUCCGUAAUUUACCAGCUCGAAAAUGCGACGAAUGAUAAAUUUUCUUCAAUUCCAGACGGAAUUUGGUGGGCGAUCGUAACAAUGUCUACAAUCGGCUACGGGGACAUUUACCCGACAACCCCUGGCGGUCGCGUAAUUGGCUGUUUCUGUGCGCUAACUGGCGUGUUAUGCUUUGCUUUGCCUGUCCCAGCGAUCAUUCACAAGUUCCAGGAGAACUCGGAUAGCUUCAAGAUCGACAAGAAAAAUACGAUGGACAAUGCGCUAAGAAGACGUUUUGCCACGCCUGUACAGUAG